AGCGGGCAUGUCAUUAGAGACUGGGAGAAAUUUAAUUUAGCUAUGGUGUUGUCAGUCCAUGCUGCCAUUUCCUCACACCAGCCCCUCUCGGCCUCGCCGGAGCAGCGACUUCCAUCGCCUUCCAGUGGAGCUGCGCCAUCGGCGCUGCCCCUAAGCAGAGCGCCGAUUUGCAAGAAAUCCUUGAUCGCCUUAUCUCACGCCGGCGGGAGCAUCGCCAGGAAUACUCGCUGCGGCGUCACUGUAGAGGCGAUUGGCGAUAUCAUGGCGGCUACUGGAUUGAUAUCCGAGAGUGAGGCUUGGAUCGAUUUGAAGGAUCAUGUCGCGGAGAUCAACAAGACGCAUUUGAGGGAGCUUUUGACUGAUACGUCUCGAUGCGAGGGGAUGAUCAAGGAGCAUGACGGGAUAUUGAUAGACUUUUCUAGGCAGCGAGCAACGCAAAAAACCAUGGAAAAGCUUUUUUCGCUUUCCAAGGAAGCAAAGCUGGAGGAGAAAAUAAAGAAGAUGUUUAUCGGAGAACACAUCAAUAGCACCGAGGAUCGGGCGGUUCUUCAUGUGGCGCUUAGAGCUCCAAGAACUGAACACAUUUUCGAGAGUGGUCGGGAUGUUGUUCCAGACGUCUGGGAAGUACUGGACAAAAUCAAGGAUUUUUCAGAUAGAGUGCGAAGUGGCACUUGGGUGGGAGCUACAGGGAAGCCCCUAACAGAUGUUGUAGCGAUAGGAAUCGGUGGAAGUUUUUUGGGCCCUCUUUUUGUUCAUACAGCUUUGCAAACAGAGCCUGAGACUGCCAAAGCUGCGCGUAAUCGAAAACUUCGAUUCCUUUCAAAUGUAGAUCCUAUUGACGUUGCACGGGCUUUGAAUGGUUUGAAGCAAGAAACAACCCUUGUGGUGAUCGUUUCCAAAACCUUCACAACCGCGGAAACUAUGUUGAAUGCAAGGACUGUGCGGUCCUGGAUCACAUCGGCGCUUGGGUCAAAUGCAGUCUCUAAGCACAUGGUUGCUGUCAGUACAAACGUGAAGCUCGUGAAAGAGUUUGGCAUCGACCCUGAAAAUGCGUUUGCUUUUUGGGAUUGGGUUGGAGGUCGCUAUAGUGUAUGCAGUGCUGUUGGGGUGCUCCCAUUGUCUCUACAAUAUGGAUUUGAGAACAUUACCAAGUUCCUCGAGGGAGCUUGGAGCAUUGACCAGCAUUUUCGUACCGCACCUUUUGAGAAUAACUUGCCUGUUCUAUUGGGUCUAUUGAGCGUAUGGAAUGCGAGUUUUCUUGGAUGUCCCGCACUGGCUAUCCUGCCAUAUUGUCAAGCCUUGCAAAAAUUGGCUCCACAUAUCCAGCAAGUGAGCAUGGAAAGCAACGGCAAGGGAGUCACGAUUGAUGGAAAAGUACUCGAUUAUGAGGCAGGAGAGAUUGACUUUGGAGAACCAGGGACCAAUGGUCAGCAUAGCUUCUACCAAUUAAUCCACCAGGGUAGAGUUGUUCCAUGCGACUUCAUUGGAAUCAUCAAAAGCCAGCAAUCAGUGUUUUUGAGAAAUGAGAUUGUCAGUAACCACGACGAGCUUAUGUGCAAUUUUUUCGCCCAAGCAGAUGCGUUGGCUUAUGGCAAGACCCCCGAGGAACUUCGAGCGGAAGGUGUCCCGGAUUAUUUGAUUCCUCACAAAACUUUCACCGGCAACCGUCCAUCCCUGAGCAUGCUGCUACCAACUCUAAAGCCAUACACAGUUGGCCAGCUUCUAGCUUUGUAUGAGCACCGGAUCGCAGUGCAGGGAUUUAUCUGGGGAAUCAACUCCUUCGAUCAGUGGGGCGUGGAACUCGGCAAGGUGCUUGCAUCCCGAGUUCGCACACAGAUGAACGCUUCACGAACGAAAGGAAAGCCCGUACAAGGAUUUAAUCACAGUACCACAACGCUGCUCAACCGUUAUUUAAAGGGGAAAACCCAGCUACUGUACCCAGAACCACAGGAUGUAUUUCCUUCCAACAUUCUCGUCGGCCCGGAGUCUCCCGUGGCUCUCGAGGACGAGGACUAAACAACAUCACGUCAAACAAAACCAGAUGAAUGAAGCAGUGCACGAUUUCUGCUGUUCUCUGAGAAAGAAGAUUAAAGAACAUCACGUAAGUUUCAUCAAGGAACGGAGUGCUGGCUCAUUGUUUUACAGAAAAAAAGCAAUGGAGAAAGCUUUUCAUUUCGUUUCUCCUGUAAAAUAAGAAGAUUUUUGUUGUUGUGA